AUGUCGUCUAAGCGUGCAUCAGAUGAUGCUGUCAUUGAUCUCACUCUGGAUUCAGAGGAUGAACAAGACAUGGGAUCAACCAGAAACCCAAGUAACAAAUCCACGCCGUCUUCCAAACGCGCGAGGACGGAUGAUGUCACUUCAGCAUCGAAUGGCUUUGAAGAGGAUGACGACGAUGAAAUCCUAGUCAUCGAUAAAGAUGAGUUUGAAAAGAAACCUGCGGCGAAACCGUCUCUGAAAUCGCCACCCAAAUCAUCAGAAAAUGGGGUGGAACUUGUGGAUUCCACUGUCGCUUGCCCCACCGCAGAAGCCGCGCCCUCCAACAAUGACGACGGGGACGCCGAAUUAGCAAUUGUUGGAACAAGAAAUGAGUACAAACUUCCACAUUCGAGGCAUGACUGUACCACUUGUAAAUUCACCCCAAACCCUUCAAAUCGAAAUGACCUACGAGCGCAGAAUGACAACCAUUGCGAUCUGUGCUAUUGCUAUGUGUGUGACGCUCCUGUCAAAGACUGCAAAUCUUGGACUAACACGGAUAGAGCCUGGCAGAAAAGUCACUGCAAUGCAACAAACGAACAUGAUUGCUGGAAGAGAAUGAGACAACAAGUGAAGGGUGGUAAUAGCUCUGGAACCACGGCAUCAGCUACCGCUCAACAAAGAACCCCACCGGCUGGAGGGAAUAGAGAUACAUAUCUUGCUCUCUUGAGAGCUCUCGGACCUGGAAUGGGCGCAUAUAGGUCUACAUUCAUGUCUGAUGAUGAGGACGAUUAUGAAAGGGAUGAUUACGAUCUAGACGACGAGGCCGAUGAGUACUAUGGCAAUUUCCGUUCGAUACCCAAAAACAAAACCUAUGCACCGGGUAAAUUGCCAUCGAAUCUUCGUGCCGAUGAGCAUCCUGCUUGUCCUCAUUGCAAGUGGCAUAACAAUAGUGGUUGCAUGCAGACCAACAACUCUCAGAGAUGUUUUAAGUGUGGACGACUGGCCGUUGAGCGGAGGAGGCCAGAGCAAUACACUCACAAGUACUCGUACAAGAAGGCACAUCACAAACUUGGAGUGCGAGAGCUCCCUUUCCGCAUUGUUGCUCAAGAUGUUCGUCAAGAUUACAAAUAUCGAAUCAGUUGGCAAGAGGCCAAGAAGGACGAUCCUAAUUGGAAGUACGAUGAAGCAGCAAUGAAAAAGUCUGUUUUUGACUAUAAAAUUGGAAAGCGACCUUUUUUGCGCACUGUCCUUGGCAUGGUUUCAGAAUGGGACGAGAAGACAGCUCGUCAAAAGAACGAAGAUAGCAUCGUCAUGGAUCCCAAUGACAUUGCCUUGAUUCGUGCAGUGUCACAAUUUCAAAUUUCGCCUUCGCGCUUCGCGUAUGAGACCAACGACUAUGUUGGUGAUGUCACAGCCGUUUGGGAUGCUCGAAGUUCGACUGGUACUAUCAAAAUCCGAUUGGAUUAUGUUAGUGGCAAAAGUGAAUACAACCAAAUGGUUUUAGGAUGUUGGUCCAAGGUGUUCCCACUUAAAGUAUCGCAUAUUAGUGGUACCUUGAAGGCCGCGGAGCCUCCUGCGUCGCGGUGGUCCCUAGCAAGCUCCACCCCCGAUGACAUCGAAUCCUUAUUCGCAAAGCAUAACGACGAGGCAGACAAGAUUCGAUCUUCACUUGCGUUGACAUCCAGCACUGGCAAUCCCGAUGUCGGUGGUUUCACGGACGCCGACUUUUCUUUUCGGGGAAUGCUUGAAAAAUACAACCGCGAGACUUUUAUAGAUCAGCAUAUAGGACGCUCACUUGAUUGGGACAAAAUUUCUGACCACAAAAAUGGUUCGGAUCCAAGGGACUUAACAUUUGUGUUGAGCUAUCGUGAUCGUGCGUUUGCAGAAAGUUAUCUGAUCCGCAGUGCGAGAAUGACACAUCAGAAUGACCGAAGCACGGAAAGCGUGCUUCUAAACUUGGAAAACUUGGGCCACACGCCAGAGCUCACUUGCGAAGGUCUAGCAGUCGAAAUGCUUGAAUUCCAAAAACAGUCCUUGAAAUGGGCAAUGGAACGAGAGACCACUCCUGGUGGAAUUCAAUCAUAUUUCUGGGCCAAAGUGCCAAUCGAAGGGUCUACCCUGUAUUUCAAUCCAAUUUUACAAAGUAUCAGUUCCAUCAAACCAAGAGAAGUGCGAGGUGGUAUUAUUGCAGAAGAAAUGGGUCUUGGGAAGACGAUUAUCUCUUUGGCUUUAAUUCUGAAACAUCCCGCUCCUGAGCUUCCAGCGAGUGGUAGUAAUGUGUCGUGUUUAGCAAAUAUACCAGCUAUUUUGGGAUCAAAUACCCCAAAUUGGAACAAGGGGCUAAACGACCAAACCUCCACCGACAAUCCUCUUCGUGGUUCCAUCCUGAGUCGGGGAACAUUGGUGAUAUGCCCUGUGUCUUUGGUUGGGCAGUGGAUUGAAGAGGCGAAAAGUAAGCUAUCCGAUCCUGGCCUCCUUUACCCAUAUCAUGGAGGAAACAGAAUUCGAGAUGCUGGCAUUCUUGCCAAGAACGCGAUUGUCGUAACAACAUAUCAAGUUUUGGCAUCCGAUGACACGUAUCACCGGAAAAAGUCUAGUGAUCCAGACAAAUUCUGCCCACCUUUGGAGCAAGUACGAUGGUGGCGUGUCAUCUGUGAUGAAGGGCAUCAACUCAGACAAGCAAAUACGAAUCGAAACAGAUCCAUUUCUGGAAUAGUAGCAGACCACAAGUGGAUAGUCACUGGGACGCCUGUGAGCACAUCGAUGUUCGACUUGAUCAAUCAACUCAAACUACUGGGCAUCGAGUCCGUCGAUGAGAUGAUUCGUAAUUGUUGCGAUAAACCCAGUUCCCGAAAUACAAACCAGUACAUCAGACGACCCGGGAAACUGCUUUUCCUUCUUCGCAAUGUCAUGAUUAGACAUACUCAAAAACAAUGUUACCGAGGCACAAACACGACACUGAUGUCUCUCCCUCCAAAGAAAGAGCUUUCAAUCGAAGUUUCAUUAUCCAAAGCUGAAAGGAAGGAAUACGAUGCUUUGGAUAAGGCUGCGAAAGAUUUUUACGUGCGUUUCAAAGCUAGCCAUGCUCACGAAUUGUCGAAGCAUUACUUGUUGCUCUCUCAAAAAUUGACACCACAACGUGUGGCUUGUUCCGGAGGCAACCCGCCACUAAAUCCCGAGGACGGAGGAAGCAAAAAUGAUGACUACGACGAUGAAGAAGACGUGAAAGUUCAAAGGAAGAGCGAGAUCAAGUACUCGGCUUUUUGUUUCACAGCCAAAAUGAAAGUAUUGAUUGCGGAACUGAAAAAGGCAAGAGAGAACGACCCCACGUCCAAGUCGCUGGUGUUUUCUCAUUUCAACUUGACAUUGAAAUUGUUGAAAGAAGAACUUCCAAAACAUGGGUUUGAGUUCCGCACUCUAUCCGGCAGUAUGUCAAUGAAACAACGCACAAAAUCCUUGCAUGAUUUCCAAGCAGAUCCCCCAACUACUAUUUUUUUGUUGAGUAUGAGAGCUGGCAACUGUGGAAUCAAUCUGACUCAAGCAAAUCGGGUGUUUCUUAUGGAACCUGGCUUCAAUCCAGCAUUGGAAAAGCAGGCGAUUGGUCGAGUCCAUCGAUUGGGUCAGAAGCGCAAUGUCGAGAUCAUUCGUUUGUUUGUGAAAGAUAGUAUCGAGACUCGCAUUCGCAAGUUUUUGGAGACAAAGUAUGGCGCGGCUUCAGACGCUGAUUCCAAGAAGGAGGCGAAAAAUAGCGGAAAUGGCGUGACUGGGGAAAUUGAAGCCGAGGUGAUUGCAGCCCCUGUUGGCAACCUCGCGACAGAACGGCCGAAGAACAAGAUUGUAACGUCCGAGUUUGAUAUGCUAUUCGGUGUCGAGUCAGAUAAUGGGGCAAUUGAUGCUGCCAUGCCAGACGCCGCGAUGUCUUCUGGCUUCCUCUAG